AUGGCCCGGAGCACCCGCCCUAGCGAAGCGAACUUUUCAGCACUCAAUUUGAUAGAUCCCUUUCCUUCGCCCGCUACCAAGUCUCUCCUGACCGUCCUCAUCUUGAUGGUCGCAAUUUCCAUUAGUGGCCGCACGUCAGAUGCUCCGCUGCCGUCGCUCAUGGCUGUCAUUCAUAACGCAAGCUCUUCAGACCAGUCCCGUACCUCCAUCGCCAAUGGCUUGGUCGACUUGCCACCUUUGUCACCUCAUCUGGUGGAAAAAGCGACGUUGAUCGCCAAAGCCAAACCUCGCUUACUGACUUUGAGUCGACGACACCCUGUACGAGGAUCUGCAUUUGAUCCUGCAAUGGACUUCAUGUGGGAUGGCGCUCCUCCGGUGGUACCCGCGACCCUUGCAGAGCUACAGCUACGGGAUGAGGAAGGGCGAUCGUUGGUCGAAGGAGAUGAGGUCACAGAGAUUGAUUUCCACGAGCGCCAAAUGAACCAGAUUAUGAUCCGCCCGGUCCACGUUGAUGUCCAUGGAAGCGGGACUCUUGCAACCGUCUUUGCCUUUGAUCAAGUCCAGGUUCCGGAAAUAGGGCACUAUCGAUUUCGCCUGCUCUUGCGCUGCCGCUUGCCAAAUGAAUUUACCUGCAUUGGCACUGAUCCCAAUGAGGAUGAUAUCAUAUCGCUGCAGGCUGUAUCAAACUUGUUUGAAGUUGUACCGAAUGAACGCUUCGAAGCCAGAGACGAUGUCAUGACGCCUAUGAGUCGCCGAAUGGACAGAGCAGUGGAUGGUUUCUAUGUACCUCCAGCUUAUAGAAUGUCGGCGGAGGCGCUCACCGGCAACAGCAAUGACGAGUUGACGAACGGAUGA